CACUCUCAAGCAACACGAUGAGCGACAAGGCAGGCCUGUACAACAUCUCUGUUCCCAAGUACGACCUGGAGACGUACUCCGGUCGCCUCAAGUACUUCUACUCGACGACCUCGCCCCUCACGCUGCUCGCGUCGUCGUCGCAGCUCGAGCAGGCGCAGAAGGAUGUCGUGUACUUUGACGGCAAGAUCAAGGAGGCUGGCAAGGCCGGCUACUGGGUCGACAAGGAGCACAAGGAGCGCUACGACCAUGCCAAGCAGCUGGUUAACUCGUCGAUUCACCCCGACACGGGCAAGCCGGUGCCGCUCCCCUUCCGCAUGUCCGCGUUUGUGCCGACCAACUUGCUGAUCUGCGCCGGCAUGCUCAUGCCCAACCCCUCCCUCAAGAGCGUCAUCUUCUGGCAGUGGGCCAACCAGACGCUCAACGUCGCCGUCAACUUCAGCAACGCGAACAAGAGCAUCACGCUCACGCCGCAGGAGAUCGGCACGGCGUACGUCGCGGCGACCGCAACGUCGGUCGCGCUCGCCGUCGGCCUGACGCGCGCCGUGCCCCGUCUCCCGCUGUCCGCGGCGACCCGCCACAUCCUCGGCCGCCUCGUGCCAUUCGUGGCUGUCGCCUCGGCUGGUGUCGUCAACAUCUCGUGUAUCCGCUGGAAGGAGAUGCGCGACGGCAUCGAGGUGUUCCAGAUCAAGAAGGACGCCGAGGGCGACGAGGACAAGGUCCUGCUUGGCAAGUCGCCCAAGGCCGGCCAGCUCGCCGUCGGACAGAGUGCCGCGAGCCGUGUCCUCACCAACAUGCCCACCCUCAUCAUCCCUCCCAUGGUCAUGACGCUGCUCGAGCGCCGCGGCACGUUCAACGGCCCCCGUGGCAAAACUGCUGCCACCUUGACGCAGCUCACGCUGAUCGGCCUGUCCCUCGGCCUCUUCCUCCCUCCCGCCAUCGCCUACUUCCCUCAGCGCGCCGAGACCACCGGCCCCAAGCUCGGCGAGCCCUUUGUCAACAUCAAGGGACCCAUCUACUUCAACAAGGGUCUGUAACCGACUAGCCUAGGAUAGACGACUAGAGGUGUGCCAGAAGUAAUGCAUUAUGCUAGACGGGCG